AUGGGGCAUGGCACAAUGGGGCAUGGCACAAUGGGGCAUGGGGCAAUGGGGCAUGGCGCAAUGGGGCAUGGCACAAUGGGGCAUGGCGCAAUGGGGCAUGGCGCAAUGGGGCAUGGCGCAAUGGGGCAUGGCACAAUGGGGCAUGGCGCAAUGGGGCAUGGCGCAAUGGGGCAUGGCGCAAUGGGGCAUGGCGCAAUGGGGCAUGGCACAAUGGGGCAUGGCGCAAUGGGGCAUGGCACAAUGGGGCAUGGCGCAAUGGGGCAUGGCACAAUGGGGCAUGACGCAAUGGGGCAUGGCACAAUGGGGCAUGGCGCAAUGGGGCAUGGCGCAAUGGGGCAUGGCGCAAUGGGGCAUGGCGCAAUGGGGCAUGGCACAAUGGGGCAUGGCGCAAUGCUGUAUAUCCUAACCAGCACCAGCGGCACCCCUCCCUCCGCCCACUCCGCCCACUCCCUUGCUACUGCGGCCAGGCAUACCCAGGCACAGGGUGGCCGGGGAAUGGCAGUGGGGAAGGGUGCGGAGGGGCAUGGCGCGUCCCUGCAGCAACCGCUGCUGGAUGCUGCUGCAGGGGUGAUGGGGGGUGUGGGGAGGCAGGGCGCAGGGGGUGGAUUAGGAGGGGGGAGAGGAGGGGGAGGAGGAUUUGGAGGCGGGGGAAGAGGAGGGGGGGUUGGCAGCAGUGCUGCAAGUGACGGGGCGAGGACCCCCCGGUUCCGCUGGCAGAAGCUGAGGGUGAAGGGCAGGCAGCGCAUCGUGCUUGCUGUGGUGAGCUUCAUCUCGCUGCUCACUGCAGUGUUUGCCUUGCUCAUCUGGUACGGCUUCGGAGACAACCCCAUCGACCCCACGCUCAUGGCUCAGAUGCAUGCGGAUUUCUUUGCAGUCGCCACGCUGCUAUCAGGAGGAGGCCUCGCGUUCUACGGGCUGCUGCUCUUCUCCAAAAUGUCUGUGCUCAGGGCUGGGCCCAGCGCUGCUGACCUCAGCAAGAUUGCAUGGCUGGCCGGCAUGUGUCUGCUCUGCUUCUCCCUCCGUGCAUUCAUCGUCCUUGCCAAGUACAUUCCGUCCGCUCACAUCAAGUUUUGA